UUGGCGAACACGAACGGAGGCUGGGGACGGUUUAGGGAGGGGGAGGGAGCGGAGUUGAUGAGGCGGCGGCGAGGGGGCGGAGAGGGAGAGAAGAGAAAAGAAGAGAAGGGGCCAGAAUGACACGGUUCGUGUGUUACUCAUUGUUUUCACGAAGGUGUGGUAGUAGGGCGCAAUGGUGUUAACUGCGUAUUUACUAAACGACGAAGGUGUGGUGGUAGUCGUUCCAGACGUCAGAUGCUAGUGACGAAGGAAGUGGGUUUCAUUGGUAGUGGUGGAGGUGGUGGUAGUGAGCGCGCGGCACACUUCGCGCUUCUCUUUGUAAGUUCUCACAGUAUCACGCACCUCGGGUUACUCUCGCAGGUGAAACAAACCGUUCCUCUAUUCGGGCGGCCGCGUAACCCGUCCAGAAUUUCUUUCGCGUUCUCCAUGAUCAAUCCGUGAACGGUGUUUACGAAAGCGCCACUGUGGAUCCAAUGUGUUCGAACGCGAGCGACGGCCUCGGCCCUUGUGACUGUUAUCGGUGUGCCGUGCCGCUGAGAAUCGCGUCUACCUGAGGGAAGAGAAGAGAAGCGAAUCGCACUUUAGCUCGGUGCUCCGUUCUGGACCACGUGCUUCGUGACCCGAUCUACGAUUUUCUUUCUUUUUCUUUUUUUUUUUUUCUUUCAAAUUUUCGAAUCGCCGCCCACGCUGACAGCGACCAGGCUCCGAAUCCUGCAGGUGACUCCGAUUCGCGGUGCUGCUGGAUAGUCUGUCAGAAUGUCUCGACUGAUUCUCCUCUUUGUCUCCAUGUUUGGAGCCUUUCAUGGAACCGUAGCUGCCUCGCAACACGUUAACAAAGAUCUCUCCAACCAGUACAAUGCUCGUUUUCACGCUUACGAGGAACCGUACGGUAUCGACUUCACAUAUCAUAAUUACGACCAAAUGAGUCGUUUUCUACGCGCAACAUCUCUUCGUUUCCAAAACCUAACUGCCCUGUACUCCAUUGGGAAAUCCGUGAAAGGUCGUGACUUGUGGGUGAUGGUUGUUUCCGCCUCCCCAUACGAACAUAUGAUUGGCAAACCUGACGUGAAAUAUGUAGCCAAUAUACAUGGGAACGAAGCCGUGGGGCGUGAAUUAAUGUUGCAUUUGAUUCACUACUUCGUGACGAAUUAUGGUUCGGAUCCGUACGUUACGUGGCUCCUCGACAAUACUAGGAUUCAUAUCCUUCCAUCGAUGAAUCCCGACGGUUUCGAGGUUUCGAAGGAAGGAUAUUGCGAAGGUGCUCAAGGGAGGUACAAUGCACGUGGUUUUGAUUUGAACCGAAACUUCCCCGACUACUUUAAGCAAAACAACAGGAAGGGCCAACCGGAAACGGAGGCUGUCAAAGAAUGGGUAUCAAAAAUCCAGUUCGUGUUAUCAGGAAGCUUACACGGAGGUGCCUUAGUUGCCAGUUACCCGUUCGAUAACACGCCAAAUUCACGAAUAUGCCGGUCAGCGCCGUUAUGCGCAGUGUUUCAGAGUUACACCUCGGCGCCAAGCAUAUCGCCCGACGACGACGUCUUCCAACACUUGUCGCUGGUGUAUUCGCAAAACCAUGGCUCCAUGUACCAAGGGCUGCCCUGUUCGGCAUCCCAGCCAGGAUUCAAGAAUGGCAUCACUAACGGCGCCCAAUGGUACCCGCUCACCGGAGGGAUGCAAGACUUCAACUACGUGUGGAACGGAUGCAUGGAGAUCACGUUAGAACUUUCGUGCUGCAAAUAUCCGCCAGCCAGCGACUUGCAGUUUUACUGGGACGAGAAUCGCGCGGCUCUUAUCAAGUUCUUAGCGGAAGCCCACAGAGGAGUACGUGGAUUCGUGGUCGAUGAAAACGGAAAUCCUAUCGAGAGAGCGUCCAUCAAAGUGAAAUCAAGAGAUGUCAGUUUCCUCACAACGAAAUAUGGCGAAUUUUGGAGAAUUUUAUUACCGGGAGUGUACAAACUCGAGGUAUACGCAAAUGGAUACCUUCCUCGAGAGGUAGAAUUUAGAGUGGUCGAGCAACAUCCAACCUCUUUCAACGUAACAUUGCAUAGGACGAGUAGACAUCAAACCGAGGAUGAAAAUGGCUCAAGUUUCUACAAUGGAAACAGAGACCAGGGUCACCGAGAUCAUGUGAUACAUUUUCGGCCACAUCCUGGUACCAACACAGCUCCCGACGCAAACAGUGGAAUUUUUUCAUCCCUAAGCAAUGGAUUUAACUCCUUCGUUAAUAAUUGGUUUGGAUGAUUAGCUGCUAGUUAACGAACAGCUGGUUCAGCCUCAUCGUUGUUGUUUCGUACAAAUAUCGCAUCGUUUCGAUUAUAAUCGCGCAAGAGUUGAGACUAGAAUUACGAAUGGCGAAAGCGAUCACGCUAAAAAUAGAAACGAUGCAACUUUGUUAAAAAAAUAUUUAAAUAUUCACGUUGUGAAAAUAUUUGAAUAUUUUGUUGUUGAAAAUGUUAUGGUUACUUGUUAUUCCGAUAUGUUACAGACAUUAGGGUAAAAGUAAAUGUUCCGAAUACGUUUCGUUUAGUUGGGCUCAGACAAUUUUGUAUGGACGAACAUUUUUUUUUUAAACUUUUAAUUUAAAACGAAAAAUGAAAAAUUGUUAAAAUUCAGAUGCAAUUUUAGUUUAUACCAUGAUACAGUUCGAAUGAAAAUUAUUUUCAUUGGUUCUCUUUCGUUUGAGUUUCGUAACAUUCUGCAAUUUUAAUAAUUUAUUAUUGACCUAAUUUAUUUGGCAUUAGCGCUAUUAAUGUUAUACUAUUAUCGUUAAUAUUAUUUUUAGUGUUAUUUAAAAACAUAUUUAUUUUGUAUGGUACAAAAAUAGGAAAUGUGUUCGGAAUAAAAUAGAAAACAGACGCUAAUUUAGAAAUGUUAAAAGUCGAAUUUUAGUAUGUAUAUAUUUGCAAUAAUACAUUGCAUAAACAAAAAGCACUGCCUUUACUCAAUUUUAGAGGCGAUAGUAAUGACAAUGUAAUAUCAAUAAAUAUCACAAAUUGUUGUUUUAUUUA